ACAUCAGCAGUGACGGUUGGCGGAGUGCGGAGGUGCCCAAGCCAAAUUGGAGAUGCUUGUCAAACCUAUUGGAAGGAUCUUUGUGGCUCUUGGUGUAAUCCUCUUUCUGGGAUGCCCAGGACAAGGAGCUCCUCAAACAGGCCGGUGUAAACCUGAUGCCAAUUCUGCCAACUGCAUUGAAGAAAAGGGGCCAAUGCCGGAUGAGAAUACAAAGAACCUCUUUGAAGGAAACCCCACACAAGAGAUACUUCAAGACCAACCCAGUACUUUGCCGUUUUCUGGAGAUGAAGAAGGAUCUGGCAACGAAGCUGACCCCGAGACAGGAUCGGGCUUUGAGUACGAUCUAGAAGAGCCCGAUGUGUCUGUGAACCAACCAAAUGUGAAUCUGAAGCUUAAACUAUCAAGUGAAGACUUAUUUCCUGAAACCAUGAAAACAUUUGAUGAACGCAAACUGUGAUUUCUCUUAUGGCUCAAUGUGAUCUUUCUGUUUACAUUAUCAUAGGUUUUGAUGAAAUGUAUACCCUAGACCAGGCAUAUGUGUUAUAAAAAUAUUACAGCUAACCAUGUAUAUCUUAAAAUGUCUAGUGCUUUUCUUUGAUAAAAUCUAUUGUUUGUAAACUGAAAAAAACAAAAAACAAACAAAAAAAAAAACCCCCAAAACAGUUAAACUAAAUUCAAUAUAAUCAUGCAGGAAUCAAUCAUACUAAGAAAUGGAAUGCUAGACAAACUCUUUUCAUGUCAACAUCUCAUUUCUAUGGUUAUACAGGUAGUCCUCAACUUACAAUCAUUUGUUUAGUGACCGUUCAAAGUGACAAUGGCCCUGAAAAAUGGGGAUGAUGGCUGUUUUUUACACUUACCACCAUUGCAGCAUCCUCACAGUCACGUGAUCAAAAUUCGGACACUUGGCAACUGGCAUGUAUUUAUGACAGUUGCACUGUUCCAGGAUCAUGCAAUCACUUUUUGCGACUUUCUGACAAGCAAAGUCAAUGGGGAAACCAGAUUCAUGCAACGACGUUCCUAACUUAACAACUGUAGUGAUUCGCUUAACAAUUGUGGCAAGAAAGGUCGUAAAAUGGGACAAGAUUCACGUAAUGACUGCCUUGCUUAGCAAUGGAAAUUUAUGGCUCAAUUGUGUAGGUUGAGGACUACUUGUAAUGUAGGAAUAGAUCAGUUCCCAGGGGAAAUAAAACAGGAAGGUGCCAUAUCAUUUUGGAAUAUUCUGAGACUUUUCUUUUGUGCGUGCAAGAAACUUGCCAAAAGCAAUGCAAGAACUUAUUUACGUACUAUCUCUAGAAAUACGAAGGGCCAUAAAAAAACACGGUGUUUCUGGUUUUUCCUCCCAUCCCCUAUAUAGGGGUUGUUCCAAAUUUUCACAACUCUUUUAACUUUUCCAAGGAGAAGCACCUUUCUCAUUUCUACUACUGCAGGUAGCUUUCUAAUCUGGGUGGAUAUGGUGCAGUCAAAAUAAUUUUCAAAAACAGGAGGAAAUAAGCAGGAGUUGGGGUGCUUGCAUUGCUUUUAAGAAAGAGAGAAGCAGCAGCUUUCUAAUUUACAAAACAAUAGCAUUGCCUUCCUUCAAAGAACCACACGGCUUUAAAAUGCAUUCAUGCCUUGUGCUAUUUUGUUACAUUGUAAUUCGCCCUUAUAUUUACAAAUUUGAUAUAAUUCGUAUUUUAUUUCUUCAUUGCAUAGUGCUUGUUUUGCAACCCUUUCAGCCACUUGAUAAGCAUUUUCUUAUGCCCGCAAUUAUUCAGCUACAUUUCUAUUAAAAUCUAAUGCAACUAA